AUGCGUUUUGCAUAUCUUCUUAAUAUAGUUCUAUUAAUAUUAUUAAUCAAAUAUUCUAAAUGUGGGGGUAGAAAAAGUCAAUUUGAUUUUAAUUGUCCCACUAAAUGCCAAUGUAAUCAGACACAUUUUAUUUGUAAAAAUACUCAAAAAGUAGGUCAUUCAAUGUUUUUAGCUGCUUCACCUAAACUUUACCCUAAUCUUGAUACACUGGAGAUUACUGGAAAUAAUAUUGGUGAUUUAUCUGAAACAAGUUUUUUUGAUCAAAAUAAUAUACGCCACCUUAAAGUAACAUGGGUCAAUAUUUCCUCUAAUCAUAUUACAUCAAUUGGUCACAAAACAUUAAUAGGAUUUCCAAAGGUUGAAUAUUUUUAUUUAAGUAACAAUGAAAUACUUCAUGUUGGAGAUACACCAUUAGAAUACCAAAAAAACCUAAGAAUGAUUGAUCUUACAAAUGCAUUUUCAAAAAAAUUAUCAUCAAAAGAGAAGGCUGAUAUAAUAAGAGAUUUAUUUAAAACUAAAAAAAAUGAUUUUCCAGAUUUAAAUAAGGUUAUAUUAAAUAAUAAUGAUAUUGAAUUCCUUCAUCCAGAGACAUUCUGCCCAAUAAGAGGUUUAGUUAGAUUAGAAUUAAAAAAUAAUAAACUAAAAUCAUUUGAUUUUAAUGGUAAAAAUUGCCUACCAGGUUUAGAAUUUUUAGAUUUAACUAAUAAUAAAAUAGAAAUAGUUUCAUCACAUAUGUGGAAUGAUAUUGAAAAUUUACAUGAUCUUGAUAUUGCUGGAAAUCCAUUAAUUUGUAGUUGUGAAAAUAAUGAUUUAUUAAAUUUUGCAUCAAAAUAUGCAGAAGAUUUUAUUGAUUCUGGUAAGACAUUAUGUCAUUCACCAAAUCAGUUUGCUGGAAAGUCAAUAUUUGAUCUUCAAAAACAAGAUUGUUCACAUGUAUCAUCAGGAAAAAUAUUUAAAUUCCUAAUCCUUCUUCUUCUUUCUUCAAUAUUUUUAGGAGCAUAUUUUACAGUACGUUCUCAUAGACCAAAUUUAUGUUCAAAACUUCCCUUUAAUAUUGGGUAUACAAAAUUACGUGGAGGAAAUGGUAAUAGAGGUGGUUGUGAUGAUGAUUCUAUACCAUUCACAAGAUCUAACAAUGCUCCAGUCUUCUUAUAA